CGACACAUGACACAUCACACCAAUGUACAAAAACAUUAAAAAGAAAACUACAAAUGAGGAAUUGGACAGAAGGAGAAUUAAAAGUUAAAUAAAAAUAAAAUAUCCGGCCGGCGCAGGAUCCCUACGUCAUCAGGCAGCGACUGUAACCGCCGCAGCGGGAGUAGUUGAGUUUGAGUUCCGGUGUCAUCGCAGCUUCUCUCCGGUUUGUCGGAGUUUGUCGAAGCUGCUGUGAAACAGUUUGUCCUUCUUCGCUCAGACUCGUGUUCGGCUCCAGACUCCGGUUUCUCUCCGGGUCUCGUUGUUCAUCCGCUCCACGCGUCGUGACGCCAUGACCCAGAGGAGGAAGCUGCCGGGCUCCAGACAACACACGUCCUUCGGGACUCAGGAGGAUGACGAGGACCCGACCUUCACUCAGCCGAGCACGUCACAGGUCCAGAGAGGACUGGAGAAGUUCACCCCUGCACAGGUCGACCAGAAGACAGCAGAGGUGGUGCAGUACUUCCUGGUGAAGGACCAAAAGAAGGUUCCCGUACGCCGAGCAGACUUGGUGAAACACGUGGUGAAAGAUUAUAGAAACAUUUACCCAGAGAUCAUGAAGAAGGCAACACGGACGUUUGACCAGGUGUUUGGUCUCAAACUGGUUGAGAUCGACACCAAAUAUCACGUGUACAUCCUCGUUAAUAAGCUGGAAACGGCCGAGGAAGCCUCAGGGAUCAACAGCCCCACCAAUCCAAAGACGGGUCUGCUGUUCGUCAUCCUCAGUGUUAUUUUCAUGAAAGGAGGCGUCGUUAGAGAAACCCUCAUCUGGAACACUCUGAAGAAACUCCGUGUUGACGCUGGAGUGAAACAUGAAGAGUUUGGUGACGUGAAGAGGCUGGUCACAGACGAGUUUGUGCGCCAAAGGUACCUGGAGUAUGUGCGGAUCCCUCACACAGAACCAGCUGAGCAUGAAUUUCACUGGGGUCAACGCGCAGACUUGGAAGUAUCAAAAGCCAAAAUCCUGGAGUUCAUGGGUCAACUUCAUGAUCAGGAGCCUCAGAGCUGGACUCAGCAGUACAGAGAAGCCCACUCCACCCCCGACUCGACGCAGGCCAGCACCAGCAGCCAGAGAUAAAUGACCCAGUACUCCUUUCCCCUUAUUCUUAUUUAUCCAGUGUGAUGCUGGGACAGAAGCUGCAUCCGCACCACACGUACAUCCUGUACGUUCACACACACACACUUCACUACAUUGAGCUUCAGAUUCCUUUUUAAUGACUUGUAACAUCACACAAAAGCUCCAGGUAUCCGUUUGCAUUUUAUUGCCUGGAUGUUAACAUCACAGUUCAAGUUCAGAAAAUAAAAUCUUUUAUAACAGAUUCAA